AUGGACAUGAGAAGAUUGUCGGUCCAGAAAGCCGCCGCCGCGAGCAACGCCGCCGCCGCAGUACUCUUCCCUCCGAUCAAGCGACCCCUGACGGUCUCGCCUCAUUCCCUGCCGAAACCCGGAAGCCCGGCGCCGGAAACGCCGGAAGUGGGCCUGGGGCCGUCGCAUACCAAGGCCGCACCACCUGGGCCGGUUCCAUUUGAUCGGAAAAGCCUGUCUUCGAUUCUGUCAAGCUCAAAUUUGAAUUCUUGCAACUGUGGUGAUCUGCUGAGCAAUUUGGGCCCACACCAAUUUGAUUCCCUCUUCUGGGAAAUCCACAAGUACGUUGAUCCUUCGACCACAUUGAAGUUCUUUUACCUGGCCUGCAGUUCGUACGGAUAUAGAUUCACGCUUAGGUCGUAUAGUGUCCUGUUCCACUUGUUAGUCUCUAAGAAUCUUGAUUCAGCUGCGAGGCUGUUGUUGAUAAGGUUGAUUGAUCGGAAGUUGCCUAUGACUUUGCCGGAUAGUAAUGUGAAGCUGCACAGACAGAUUUCAUCAGUUAUGGCAGACACUCUACUGAGUUCGGAGAAACUCCGGAACGAGGUUAGAGGAUUCGAUAUUUUGGUUCAUGUUUAUGCCAGUGAAUUCAAGUGUUUGGGGUUAGAUGUUGCUGUUGAAGUGUUUAGGAUUUUGUGGGGUCGAAGGGUAUUUCCAUCCUUCAAGACAUGCAACUUCUUGAUGACCUCACUUGUUAAGGCGGGCAAACACGGGGUAAGUUACGAGGUUUUUCUUACUAUUUCCAAUGCAUCUUUGCCGGACGUUUACUUAUACAGUACUGCAAUAAAUGCAUUGUGCAAAGGGGGCAGAGUUAACGAGGCAUUGGCGUUGUUUAAGCAAAUGGAGAAUGUAGGUGUUGUUCCUAAUGUUGUCACUUAUAAUAACCUCUUGGACGGGCUUUGUAAAUGUAAGAGCUUUGAUGAUGCAUUUCAGCUCAAGGAGAGAAUGCUACAUGAAGGGGUUAAACCUACUAUCGUGACCUAUGGCUUGCUUAUUAAUGGCCUUAUGAAAGUCGAAAAAUACGAUAAAGCUGAUUUUGUUCUGAGAGAGAUGUUGGAAAAAGGACUUGUCCCGAAUGUUGUAGUUUAUAACACGCUGAUUGAUGGGUACUGUAGGAUGGGAAAUAUGAGAAAGGCCCUGAAGUUGAGGGACGAUAUGUUAUUACGAGAUCUUAUUCCGAAUUCGGUUACCUAUAAUACUCUUGUAAAUGGUCUCUGCAAGGAUAACCAAAUCGACUUGGCCGAACAGUUGUUGAAUGAGAUGGUGAUGGGAAGUUUCAGCAUAAAUUUAGGCACCAUGAGCUCUGUUAUUCACGGUCUGUGUAAAAACUCGAAAUUUGACCCUGCUUUGAAAUUCAUGGUCCUAAUGAUCUUCAAGAACAUAAAGCCUAACGAUGGUUUGCUGACAACUUUGAUGAGAGGACUUUGCCGGGCCAAUAAGCACGCACAGUCCCUGAACCUAUACAAUAUGCUGCGUGAUAAAGGAUUUGCAGCUAAUACUGUGACCUCAAACGCACUUGUUCUUGGAUUAUGUGAGGCUGGUAAAAUGCAAGAGGCUAUACUGUUUCUCAAGAGUAUGCUGGACAGAGGUGUUGGAUUAGACACUUCUACUUACAAUGCACUCAUUUACGGAUGCUGCAAAGAGGAUAGGAUCGAAGUCGGGUUUAAGCUAAAAAACGAAAUGUUCGAACGAGGAAUUCCACCAGAUAUCAUGACUUACAACUUGCUGAUACAUGCGCUGUGUAACAAAGGCAAAAUGGACAAGGCUCUUUUGCUGUGGCACGAAUGCAAGAAAAAGGACCUCGUUCCUAAUGUACAUUCGUAUGGGGUUAUGAUAAAUGGAUUCUGCAAUUCGGAGAACAUCGAAGAGGCUAAGAGAUUCUUCCAUAAUUUGCUGACUCAGAAUAUCAAACCGAAUUCGGUCUUGUAUAAUACGCUCAUUAGAGCGUGCUCUAGGAACGGUAACAUGCAAGAAGCUCUUAAUUAUUUCAGUGACAUGAAAAAUAAAGGCAUCCCUCGUACUCUUGCCACGUAUUCUUCUCUAGUACAUGGAAUGAGUAGUGUUGGCCGAAUAGAAGAGUCGAUAAAUUUGCUUGUCGAGAUGAGAAAGGAGGGUUUGGUGCCUAAUGUUGUAUGCUACACUGCACUAAUCGAUGGUUACUGUAAAUUAGGCCAGAUGGAUAAAGCCAGGGGUGUUUUAAACGAAAUGUCUGCACUCAACCUAGAGCCUAACAAGAUAACAUACACUGUUAUCAUCAAUGGGUACUGCAAGAUGGGUAAUUUAAAAGAAGCUUCUAGGACUCUUGAGGAAAUGGUGAGCAAGGGUAUUACUCCAGAUUCGGUGACUUACAAUGUGUUGACACACGGGUUCUGUAAGGAAGGUGCAGUGAAAGAAGCUGUUAGCUUGUGGGAUUCCAUGUCUGAUAGAGGGGUGCAUUUAGAUGAAGUUGGUCAUACUUCAUUGGUACAUUGCAUGUCUAAGCAGAAAGGAAAUGAAAAUGACUGA